AUGGCACACCUCCAGCUGCCGUCACCACAGCCCUACCUACUGCUGCCGCUGCUCCUGCUGCUGCUGCGCGCGCCACCCCCGACCAUGCCCGCGGCGGACCAGUGCCAGGGGAGCUGGCAGUGUUCGCGGAUCCCCUACACUGCCUCCCGCAACUUUGAUGUGCAGUACUCAGUGCCCAGCUUCUCGGCCAGGGGCCCCAUCCAGGCUGUGGCGACCUUCGAGGACCAGGAUGGAAGUGCUGUUUUUGUGGCCACGCGCAACCGCCUGCACGUGCUGGGGCGCAGCCUCAAGCUUGUCCAGAGCCUGGUGACGGGCCCCGUCGGGAAUCCUGAUUGCCAAACAUGCUCAGCCUGUGGUCCGGGUCCUUAUAGCCCCCCAGGCGACACAGACACACAGGUGCUGGUACUAGAGCCGGUGCUGCCCGCCCUGAUCAGCUGCGGCUCAACCCUCCAGGGCCGCUGCUUCCUGCAUGAGCUGGAGUUCGGCGAGGACACUACCGUGCGCCUGAUGCCGCCAGCCUGCCUCUUCUCUGCCCACCAAAAUCAGCCUGAUCACUGCCCUGACUGUGUGGCCAGCCCGCUGGGCACCCGAGUGACUGUGGUCGGACAGGGCCAGGCUUCCUACUUCUACGUGGGAUCGUCUCUGAAUGCAACAGUGGCCGCCAGCUUCAGCCCGCGUUCGGUGUCCAUCCGCCGCCUGAAGGCAGACUUCUCUGGAUUUGCACGUAACUUUGUGUCGCUGUCAGUGCUACCUGAGUAUCUCUCCUCCUACCGCAUAGAAUAUGUGUACAGCUUUCACGCUGGAGCCUAUGUAUAUUUCCUGACAGUGCAGCCAAGCAGCCUGCGGGCCGCACAUGGCGCCCUGCACACACGCCUGGCUCGGGUCAGCGCCACUGAACAAGAGCUGGAUUACUACCGUGAACUUGUCCUACACUGUAAUUUUGAGCCUAAACGCAGGCGCAGGGGGGUCCCCAAAGGCGGACAGAUCUACUCAGUACUGCGGGCAGCCCACACAGCUCCUGUGGGCUCCCUGCUGGCCGAGGAGCUGAGUAUUGCAGAGGGUCAGGAUGUGCUAUUCGGGGUCUUCACAGGGAUCAGGGAUCGUGGUCCAGGAGAAGGUCCCAACUCUGUCGUCUGUGCCUUCCCCAUUCGCCUGCUGGAUUCUCUCAUUGAGGAGGGGGUGGAAGGGUGCUGCCAGGAUCCUGUGCACCCUGGAAUCCGGAGAGGCCUUGACUUCUUCCAGCUGCCCAGUUUUUGUCCUAAUCCGCCUGGCCUGGUGGCACCCAGCUCCAACUUCAGCUGCUAUCAGUUCCCACUGCUGGUCAGCAAAAGCUUCACUCCACGUGUGGACCUAUUCAACGGGCUGCUGGGAACAGUGCAGGUCACUGCAUUACAUGUGACACGCCUGGGCAAUGUCACUGUGGCGCACAUGGGCACAGCUGAUGGGCGUAUACUACAGGUGGAGCUGGAUAGAUCUUCCAGUUACUUGCUGUACAUUUCCAAUUUCUCGCUGGGCAACAAUGGACAGCCCAUUCAGAGGGACAUCAGUCGUCUUGGGGAUCACCUGCUCUUUGCCUCUGGGAACCAGGUCUUCCAGGUUCCCAUCCGAGGCCCUGGCUGCCGACACUUCGUCACCUGUGGGCGCUGCUUACGGGCUCAGCACUUCAUGGGCUGUGGCUGGUGUGGGGACAUGUGUGGCCGGCAGCAGGAAUGUCCCAGCUCCUGGCAACAGGAUCACUGCCCACCUGAACUCACUGAGUUCCACCCCCACCGUGGACCCCUAAGGGGCAACAUGACUCUGACGCUGUGUGGCUCCAAUUUCAAACUGCACCCUGCUGACUUGGUGUCUAAAGGCAUGCAUCGGAUCACCGUGGGCCAAAGCCCUUGCUGGCUGCUGCCCAAGGACACCUCUACCAUCAGAUCAAUGAUCCCUAAGGGCUUUAUAGAGGAACUCGAGUGUGAGCUGGAGCCCUCGGGUGUGCAGGCAGCUGGACCUGCCAGCAUCAGCCUCACUGUGGUCAACGUGACAACAGGCAAGCACUUCCGGGUAGACGGGACCUCUGUGUUGCAAGGCUUCACUUUUGUGGAGCCAGUGCUGACAGCUGUGAAGCCCCUGUUUGGCCCAAGGGCAGGGGGCACCCUCCUUACACUUGAGGGUCAGGAUCUGUGUGUGGGUACCAGCCGGGUUGUGCUGGUGAAUGGGACUGAGUGCCUACUAAAACAGGUCAGCGAGGGGCAUCUUGUAUGUGCCACACCGCCUGGAGCUGCCACGGCCAGAGUUCCCCUUCACCUGCAGGUGGGGGGUGCCAAUGUGCCCGGCUCCUGGACCUUCCAUUACCGGGAAGACCCCAUUGUGUUAGGCAUCAGCCCCAACUGUGGCUACAUCGGCUCACAGGUCACCAUCCAGGGCCAGUACCUGACUUCUGCCCAGCACUUGCUGUUGUCAUUCCAUGAUGGACUUGGGGCAGUGGAGAAUAGGUGUGAAGGGCUGCUUCCAGAGCAGCAAAAGUGCUAUGUCCCUGAAUACAUGAUCCCAAGGUCCCAGGAGUGGAUGCUAGGGAACCUGAGUGUCCGGGGGGAUGGAGCUGCUGGCUUCACACUGCCUGGCUUUCGCUUCCUGCCCCCACCUCAUCCACCUAAAGCUCACCUGGCCCCCUUGAAGCCUGAGGAACAUACUAUUAAGUUCCAGUAUAUUGGACUGAGUGACGUGGCUGACUGCAUGAAUGUGACCGUGACCGUGGCCGGUGAGAGCUGCCAGCAUGAGUUCCGGGGGGAAGUGGUCAUCUGCCCCCUGCCCCCGUCCCUAGAACUUGACAAGAACGGUGCCAUGCUACAGGUCUGCGUAAAUGGUGUGUGUCAUGAGCUGGGCAAAGUGAGGCGCCUGGGCCCACAGGGGCUCCCACAGGGUGUACUCCUUGGUGUCCUGCUGGCCCUGCUUCUGGUUGUGGGUGCCCUGGUCACCGCUCUGGUCUUCAACCACUACCGGCAGAGGAAGCAACGAGCCCUUUCACUCAACCUGGAUGACCUGACAUCCCUGGACCGGACAUCUGGAGCCAUCCCCCUGCCUCUGCUCCGCUCAGGCUCUGACUACAGAAACAACAUCGAACCUCCCACCACUGAGCGUCUGAGCCCCACUUCCCAAACCUACAAAGCAUCCUUCUCAGAUGAUGGAGAUGAAUCCCAUGUCCCACUUCUUCAGACCACUUCCAUUCAACUCCAAGACCUCGACCCCAUUCUUCUGGCUGAGGUCAAGGAUGUGUUGAUUCCCCAUGAACGAGUGAUCAGCUACAGUGACCAAGUCAUUGGGAAAGGCCACUUUGGAGUUGUCUAUCAUGGAGAAUACAUAGACCAGGCCCAGAAUCGAAUCCACUGUGCCAUCAAGUCACUGAGUCGCAUCACAGAGGUACAGGAUGUGGAGGCAUUCCUGCGCGAGGGACUGCUCAUGAGUGGCCUGCAUCAUCCGAACGUACUCAGUCUUAUCGGUAUCAUGCUGCCCCCUGAGGGGCUGCCCCGCGUGCUGCUACCCUACAUGCGCCACGGAGAUCUGCGCCAGUUCAUCCGCUCACCCCUGCGGAACCCCACGGUGAAGGACCUUGUCAGCUUUGGCCUGCAGGUAGCCCGUGGCAUGGAGUACCUGGCCGACCAGAAGUUUGUGCACAGAGACCUGGCUGCCCGGAACUGCAUGCUGGACGAAUCAUUCACAGUCAAGGUGGCUGACUUUGGUCUGACUCGUGACAUCCUGGACAAGGAGUACUACAGUGUCCAACAGCACCGCCAUGCUCGCCUGCCUGUCAAAUGGAUGGCACUGGAGAGCCUGCAGACCUACAGGUUCACCACCAAGUCUGACGUGUGGUCAUUUGGUGUGUUGCUAUGGGAGCUGAUGACACGAGGAGCCCCACCAUACCCUCAUGUGGACCCCUUUGACCUUGCCUACUUCCUGGCCCAGGGUCGGCGCUUGCCCCAACCUGAGUAUUGCCCUGAUUCCCUGUAUGCAGUGAUGGAGCGCUGCUGGGCCACAGAGCCAGGAGCAAGACCUACCUUCAGGAUGCUGGUGCGGGAAGUGGAGUGCAUAGCAGGCACUCUGCAUGGGGACCACUAUGUGCAACUGUCUGCAGCCUACGUGAACUUGGGACCUGGGGCCACAGACUGGGAAAAUGCACCCAUGGAACAGUCACCAUCCCUUCCAGCUCAUAAGAGCACUGGGCGGCCCCGACCCCUCUCAGAACCACUGCUCCCCACAUGA